GGGCUGUACUCCUUCCCUAAGUGCUCCAAUCUCCACAUUCCCGAUGCUCCGGGACUCCCUGGAGUCUCAUUGUCGCAGUUGCCGGGAGACCAAGUCACAUUCCACGGCAACAUUCCACACCCUCUGGGCCCCUUGGGAAGGCCGGGAGCCGCUGCCAGCACCUCCAGCCAUGGCGUAGGGCCCUUCCCUGGGGUUAUCCUGGUGCCAGGAUGCCUUCCCUGCCACAGGAUUCCCCCGCCGGGGGCUUGGGAACGGGAUUCCCACUGGUGAGGGUGCAUGGCGGGGACCGCUCCGACCUCCUGAGCCUCUACGUCACCACCUACGAGGUGUCCUUUGGGAAGAGACCCCAGGGAUUACCCCACAAGUUUGAGGGGCGCGUUUUGGGAGUCAAACCCCCCGACCAGGCGUCCGUGCACCCGCUCCUGGGGGUCCAUUCUGGAUCCGGAUAUGUCACCAACAACUACUCGGCCCUCUCGUCCCUGAUCACGCCGCGCUCUGAACGCCCGGACCCCUUUGUGUCCAUCUCUGCCACCGCCGAGGAUUUCAAGCCCUUCGGGCGCCCGCAAUUCCAGAGGAUCCUGCCCCAGUGUGUGGAUGAGCCGGAGUGUUCGUAUCCCCCGGAGUUUUCCCUCUCCCGGAUCCGUUACGAAGGGCUGAAGCCUCCCAAGUUAUCCAGGGAACACAGUGCCAAGAGUGGCUGCACCAGUCCUGCCCAGCCAGAUGCCCCGCCGUGGAGGCCGGAGCCGUCGAGCUGCCCCCCGAGAGACGCCUGCCGGCUGCCACAGCCUGUGGAUCCUGCCGUGGAUCCCUGCUGCCCCGAGAGCCGCCAUGGUUUGCCCGCCAUGGGCCACCAUGCCCCAUUCGGCCCCCUGGAGCUCCAAGUGGGACCACAGGAAUCUAGCAAGAAGGAUCCUCCGGGAUAUGCCACGAUCCACAACCAGUACCUGACCAACAUCUCACCCCUGGCUCCCGUCGCUCCAGCCUGGUGGUCACAGGGUCCCACCUGGGCUCCCAGAUCCGUGGAGGGUGUCCAGGGCCCCCGUCCCAGCGGAUUCAGCACCAACAACCUCCCCACCAACCUGUGGCACAACGAUGACCCCUACAUGUGACCCCCAAAAUCCCGGGAGUCCCAGCCUCGGCUUUUUCGGGAAGCUCCCAAAUCCCCGUGAGAGCAUUAAAGACCCUGCGCACGAU